UACUCAAUACUUAUGAACAUAUUCUGACAUUAAAAAUUGUUGCAGGUGAAACAUAAUAUGGUAUAAGCAAAUAAUUUUGUUUGAUUGCUAUAAGAUUCCUGGUGUGCUAUGGAGGUAAAAGAAAAUGCAUCACUCAUAGCAGAAAGGUAUAAUCUAGCAGUGUCGCAGCCUAAUGAAAUGGAUCAUAUUAACGGUGAAAGCGAAGCCAUUGAUGAUACCACUGUUAUUGAAUGCGCGGGUAGUAUCGGAUUACAUACACGUAUCCAAUGUGAUGGUACAUCAUCGAAUCAACCUAGUGAUGCUGCACAAAUCGCACCACCUGCUUCAAAUGAUGCGUCAACGCCAAAGACCGCCUUCGGAAUCGCAAGUGCCAACGUUGAGAAGGCUCAAAGAACCGUAGCAAAUCGUAUUUUGGACAUCAAUGAUGAAUGUCUUGAAUGGGGGCCCACCCAGGUCAUCAUUGAUAUCGAUGAUACAGUUAAAUCUAGUGGAGGAUAUAAACUUUUCAAUGUGCCGUUGGGAGGAGUAGAUACACAAUAUGGACGGGGGGAGCUGUACCCAGGUUCAUUCCAAUUUAUUUUGGAGUUGGCAAUGUACAAGAUGGGCAAAAACCGCAAACCGUUACUAUUAGCCGUCUUGACGACACGUAUACCCCAAGUGCCCAUUACUGUGGAUUCCGCGCUAAAUAUGAGACUUCGCGAGGUGGCAGAAAAAAGAGGGGUGCUGAAUUGGGGAAUUGACUGUGAUAAUAAAAUUUUGUAUUCCACCAUAAAAGAGUGGGUUUUUAAUGAAACCAGAGGGGAAAAGAAGUUUAUCAACUUCAGAAAAUUGCAUAAAUAUGUUUGUAAUGAAAACAGUAAUGCACGGUUCAUUUGGAUCGGAGAUACUGGAGACAAAGAUCUCGAGGCCGGUGAAAUGAUGAUUAAGUUUUUUCCAGGUAAAAUUAGGGCUGUGUUUAUGCAUUGUGUUACUCCUGAGGAAGGACCUGAAGGUCAACGCAUGCCUAAUGACUAUUACCUUAAAUCGGUACCAAUAUUGUUUUUCCGUACAUAUGUUGGAGCUGCUAAAAAAGCUGUUGAACAUGGGCUAUUAAAUCACAAUGCUUUGUCACGCGUUCUUGUAAGGGCUGUGCUUGACCUAAACGAAAAUAGUACUCAGGACCUUUCCAAAUGGAAGGACUUGAUUAAGGACAUAUUGGAAGUGGAAGAGAUCGCAAAUCUAAAGCGUUACGAGGCAAACCUCGUCGUUAAAACGAGAGUUAUAAUAGAGAACAAAAUAAAGGAAUUAUCGCAAUAUGGUAAAACGUAGAUC